AUGGAGGAGUGCAGACGCACAAUAACGGUUUGGAUGAAGAACCGUCGCAGUCAUGUGGAACGUUUCAAUUCGAUCCUGUGGCGAGUGAAGAAUGUGAAUCGUAUCGGUGAGACGGCUUGUGGUUUCCCGGACGGUAGUGGCCAGUUGGUUGAGCUGGAAUGGACGAACGCUCUGAGAAGAUUUCCACCGUCAAUCCUCGAAAUUUGCUCAUCACACGCACCGCUCACUUCGUUGGUGAAUGCCUUUCGACUACUUCCUGCUGAAACGGUUCGGUUUUGA